AUGAAAUAUUACCUUCAUGAGUUUUGUUUUAUUGCAGUCGUGUUGUCUUUCUGUUUGUUGGGACAACAAGUUGAUAAUGAGUCUGAAAUCUUGGAGAGAGUAGUAACAGAAAAAUGGUAUAUAUUUGACAAUACUCAUCAGACUAACAUCAAGAUUUUUAACAUGGCCCUUAGUCAAAGGAUGCCUAUCUAUAUAUUUGGAACAAUAACAUUGUCGUUACCUACUUUCACUUGGUUUAUUAAAACUGGGAUGUCAUUCUUCACUCUUGUCAUGUCAGUACUUGAAGAACAAAAUGUUUAA